AUGGGUGCCAGGAGGCAAGUGAUUUGGAUCUCUGAAGGACGAGACAUGACGAGUGAAGAGGAGAAGCAGUUCGAAGUAUCCAUGCUGGAUAGUAUGGAGAUGAUUGUCCCCAUUCACUAUAGGGCGAGUAUUCGCCUUCCUGAAUGGCGUGAAGCUCCGCUAGCGAGCAUAAACGCGCGAAUCCGCAUGCUCAGCGGUGAGGAAAUUAGAGCAAAAAGCUUUCAAAUAUUCAAUGAUAACGUGACAGUGUUAGAGAAGGAUGGCGGAACCUGGCUGUAUGCCAAGCACCCUUUCGAGCCGGAUGAUGAAAUAUUCAGAUUCGAUGGUCUUGUUCACGUAUGCGCUAGGGCGAGGAGCGUCGUCGAUAUCAUAGCUGCUGAUGCCGGAGACCCUUCCUAUACUACAGAUCAUAUCAGCAGCUCUCGCUCACCUAAUAAAUGUGAAGCGCCUCGUGGCUUCCCCCCAAAUGGGUGGAAGAUCGGUGUUAUAUCGGUCGAGAUGCCUGUUAAAGUAUACGAGUGGUCUUCGGUGGAGAAUAAGUCUUCACCUCAUAUGUUAGAGUGUGGUAAGAUGUACCUAUGUGGGUCAACGAGUGUCUUCAACGGCAUGCACAUCCUUAAAGGAAAAGCAGAUCUCCAGAAGGUCGAUAUCAAGGAAUCCAACCAGAGCUCACCGGUGAAGGUGGUUGUAGACGAAGGUCACAACGGUGUUUUUCGU